AUGUUAUUACGAAAGGAUCCAUGUGGAAUUGUAUGUGUAACAUUGACUUAUGCAAUGCUUAUGCAUUGCCUCUAUGUGAUCCUGUUCGUUAUGAUCAUUCCAUUAUUUAAUGACAAUUUUUACGGCACUGUAAAUGGUGUUAUCAUCUGUACACUUGUUUUCCUUGCCAUUCUUUCGCAUGGUCGAGCCGCUUACUUCGAUCCUGGCUUUGUACCGUUAACCCGAAAGCUGACUGAUUCACCCAAUGGGAAAAUAACGGAUAGUAACAAUAGUCUUUUGAAACCCAAUGAAGAGGGAUGGACAGCUUGUAAUCGCUGUGAAAUAUAUCGACCAGCACGUGCACACCACUGCAGAAUUUGUAAACGAUGCGUUCGAAGACUCGAUCAUCAUUGUCCAUGGGUGAAUAACUGCGUUGGUGAAUUCAAUCAAAAGUAUUUCAUCUUGUUCCUUUUCUACAUUGUUGUUUUUCCACAAAAAACCGAAUCUCAAAUUAUUCAUUCCGUUGUCAUAUGCGUUGAAGCCUGCUUGUUCGGUAUAUUUGUCCUAACUGUAUUUGCCGAUCAAGUACAAUCGAUUAUCACUGAUCGAAGUUUAAUCGACACCCUCAAGCUUGAUCAAAAUGCACAAAUGGCACCACAGAUCCUACCACCAAAACGUAUUCUUUUUCGCAAAGUCUUCGGCUCCGCUUUCGUUUAG